CCCUGUCGUGGGAGGACGCGUCACUCGUGGACUGUGAUUAACAUUAUAAACGGCGUGGUGAUAAGACGGAAAACCAACAGCUCUCAGUCAAAAGGAUUUUACUUCGAAGAUUUAUUCUACAGAAUACUUGAAGACUGAGUGAUUGUCCUGUCGAACUCGGAAAAAUGGAGUUUUGGACACAUUUUUGGUUUCUGUCGUCCCUUUCCCUACUUCUGAUCUCUUCUCUCGGUACGGAAGCCAAGCGCCAAGGGACCCUCCUACAGCCAAUAAGUGGCGACGCUCCGAGCCCGCCCUCCGAAACGCCUUCGAUGAACCCCUCGAGGGGCAGCGGGUCCGGGCAAUCUCUCCUUCAGCCAUUCACGGGAAAUGUCUACAACUCGCAUUCAAACAUCAAUUCGGACAAUUCCCCUUCUAGUAUCUCACACGGGGUAUUGAAUACGGACCACACUAUCCAGUUUCAAGGUUCCAGUAACACCGGAAGCACUCGGCCCCGAGCAACGAGACGUCCACCUGGAAGCCUUCCUGGAAGUCUCCCUGCCGUAGCACCGGCGGACACUGAGACCUCACUGAACUCCGGUGGCUCGAACAUACCUGGCUAUACGAGUUCCUUUGGAGGCGCCAGCGGCAGUUCAAUCUCCUCAUCACAGGGGGUGUCACAGUCCGGACGGCCACCCACUGGAAAUGGACUUACUGGAAAUGGCCUUACUGGAAAUGGACUGCCUGGAAAUGGACUGACCGGCUCUUCUCCUUCAUUUUCCUCUUCAUCAUCUGGCUCCUCUCCGUCUUUUUCCUCCUCUUCCUCCUCCUUUUCUCAGUCAGCCCCAGCUUCUUCCUCCUCUUCCUCUUCUUCAUCUCUCCCCUCCUCAUCAUCAAACGUGGGUUCCUCUUCUUCCUCCUCUCAGUCCACCCCAAACAUACCCAAGGGCAACAGUAACAAAGACGUCAACCUACAACUUGGCGGGUUUGCAGGCUUUGGGUCCUCCUCGAGUAAGCAGGAAUCUUCUCCUAGUGCUUUAGGAACAGGCGCCAAGGAUGUUUCAAAUAAAACUCCCAAGAGGAAUAACUCCCAGACCCUGGUUUUGUCCUCCAUAUUGAUGUGGAUUGCAGUGGUGCCAGCGUUGAUGACGCUGGUAGCGCAGAUGAUGGACACAGUCCGCUACACCCUGUAGCGCUACACGGGGAACUUGGAAAAGUAGUGCUUUUAGAGUAAGGUGACUUUGGUGUAAGUCCUGAUGCUGUAUCCCGUCCAAAAGAAAUUGACACGAGAUCUCAUACAAAUGUAAGAUUAUUUCUUAAAUGUUACGCGUUCAUCUCGCUUUUCUGUAUCGUUAUAUGUAUGUGAUUAUAUUUCUUCUUAUGUGAUCCCAAGUUUAUAAUUGUUCACUGCUGAGGACAAAUUGAAGUACAACUAGUGCUACAAAUGAUGAGCCUUCUACAAUGUUCAAAAUCGUCUAAACUUCUCUCAAGUUGUCAUAACCGUCUUAUUUUUAUUAAUCCAAUAUUGUAUAGCAUCAUAUAACCUUUUGGCUCCAGUUAUUUUCAUGAAUUCUUUAUGCUUAUUGACGAGCUUUGAAUAAAAAUUAUAAAAAAUGAAAAAAAGCAUCGUCCGAUGUAACGGAAAGGUUGAAUGUUCAGUAUUUCAUAGAUUCUGCUGUACGAAUCAUUAACAGAAGUUAGUCAAAAGAGGUACUAUGCGUUAUGUCUUUUCUAGACCUUCCUAAGAACGAUUUUGAUAAAAGAUGACUAAUGCGCAAGAAAUAUAUUCCUUUUCCGUAACUUUCUCUUACGGAAGCCUUGAAAUCUCGCAAUAAAAUUCUGAUAAAAAGUAUAAAAAGACGCUCGGGAUUACGUGUAUUAUAAAGGAAGCAUUGAUUUUGACGGAUAAAAAUAUCAAUUCUGCACUAGUCACGGGGGGUCACGAAUGCUAAGUAAGAAAAAUUGCAAUAGAUUGAAAGAUUUCUUUAUAUGCGUUUUUAUGAAAUGGUUUUAACUUUUCGGAAAGAGAGAAUCGUAAAAUUUCAAACUUGUUUUGUUAAUACAAAGACUAAUAUUGUAAAGCAACAGUUUCUCCAACAAUGAAAAACUAUAGCUUUUCAAAUACCGUAGGGCUACACAAGGUAUAAUUUUUGCAGCUGCAUUUCAGAGCUACAGUUUCUCCAAAUAAAAGUUUCCGUAGCUGAAUUGCAAAGCUAUAUUUUCUCCACAAAAGUAGUUUCCACAGCAAAACUAUAAAGUCAUAAAGUUUAUGCAGCAGAACUGAAAAGCUACGGUUUCUCCCACGUCGUCGUCAUCAUCAGCAGACACCGACGAAGAUUACGGACAAAGGCCAUAAACUUAUCUGCCAUAAAUAAUUCUACUCCAGUCUAUAAAAUCAAGAUUCAUGACUGAAGAUCCCCAUGGGAUUUAUAGGUACAAUAGCUAUUCCGUCUGAAUAGUCCCUAUUCUUAUAUAAUCAAGAGGAGAAAAAUGAAUUGACCAUUAUAUAAAUUAGGCUUAAUGUCUGAACACUGAACGUGUGUGGCCUACUCACCUACUUUCGUUUUUUAUAUACAUAUAAAAAAAAGAGAUUUCAUAGCCAAAAGAAGCUUGGUAGUAUUUAUAUAUUUUAUGAGUGAUUUCUUUCUUACAAAUAUUUUAUGAACAGAUCCUGCAACGCGUUUCAGAAAUUUGUAAUUCUGAAACUCGUCUCUUAUUUCAAAGGUAUUUUGUAGCCUUUCAUAAUGUAGUUUUUAAAUUGGUAUUUCAAUGUAGUUGAUGUCCUGUUUACAUAAACUACUUAAGAAUAAAAACAAUGAAGUUUUUCGCAUUUGUUAAUUCUUUUAUCUCAACAGAAUUGUCUCUAUUGCUUAUAGUGUGUUGUAUAUUACGCAAUCUUUAUAUAUAACCAAUAAUUUGUAAAUUUAAUCAUCUUAAAACUUAUUUUCCUGGUUAACAAGCUUGUUAACUAUUACUUUGAAAAAAUUCAAAUGAUUCAGAUGAUUUUGUAUUAUGACUAUACAAUUUAGGGCGAUACUGCUGAAUUUGAAGAAUUUAUGUGUAUAUAAUGUAUAUUGUCUUACCUAAAUUAUUAUUGUAUUAAUGCCUGUUGGUAGUGUGUGUGUGAGAGUCUUCAACGUUCCUUUCACUUUGUAUACAAGAUGUGUAAAAUGUUAGCUGUUCCUUUCAUGAAUAAAAGUUCCAACACUGAAUGCGAAUUUCACCACCACGAGAAAAUAUUGGAACAGG